AACACAUAAAGCCAGAGAAAAAAAACAAAGCAAAUGUCAAAUGAAGCUUGGGGCCUGACCCAUAAACAUUUUCGCGAUUCUGGAUUCUAACCUCCUCAUAAGAAGUGUGCUAUGGUAUAAUGGAGAGUCCGAUAAUGAAGACAUGGAGAAAAAUAAAGACUUUUGGCAAAACGAGCUCUUCAACCACGGUCUCUCUCACUAGGAGCAAGACUUGGAAUGGCUCUGCUUAUCUCGAGGAUGCUAAGAACAGGGAAUCCAUAGGAAAGAUCAAGAAAAAGUGUUUCACUGUUUACGUGGGUCCCAUGAAACAGAGAAUCGUGGUGAAAACGAAACUGUUGAACCAUCCUUUGUUCAAGAACUUGUUAGAAGACGCAGAGAAUGAAUAUGGAUAUAGACGUGAUGGGCCGAUUGUUCUUCCUUGCGAGGUUGACUUCUUCUUCAAGGUUUUGGCUGAAAUAAAGUCCGAUGUUCACGGUGAUGAUUAUGAUGAAGAUGAUGAUGGUUUGAUUAGUUCUCCGAUUUGCGGGUUGGGUAGUCCCUGUGGUGGUCUCGAUUCCAUUGGCAUGAGAAGAAACGGUUCUUACAAGCUUCUUCGAUCUCCAUCUUUGUUCAAGUUGAAUAGAUUUUGAAUCGUUUUCUUUUCCUUUUCCAUAAUAUUAUAUAUUUGUUACUGUUCACAACCUUACCAUAUGUGAAAAAAUUUGUUACGUUUCAAGCUUGAGUAGAGAAAAAAUGUGAGGCAAAAAAGAACCCUCCUAUUUCCGGAUGCAAUUUGCAUAAACAACUUCCCAUAAUAUUUUCUUGUGAUUCUGUUGUCGAUUUAUAUCAGAUUUGUCAAAAUGUUUAUAACU